CUAUGACAUGGGCGGUAAGGUGAUGCUUUCGCAGCGAUCUUUUACCUUGCCUUGGACGCCGUGUUCGUACUAGUAGUCGCGGAUGAUAUUUUGGUGAUUUAUAUAUGAGUAACUAGUAUUUACAAGUUUGUUUCUCACAAAGUGAUCGGGCUGUGGAUUAACGAUAAAAAGCCGGUAAAGAAACAUUAAUAAUUGUGUUAUAUUUGACCUGGGUACGAAAUUCGUCGUUGUCCUGGAAACUGGAGUGAUAAUUUGUGAGUGUCUACGUUUAUGUGUGUCAACUGUGCUGAGAGGCGUUACUUAUUAUUUCUGAUUGAAGAUAUUUGAGUGUGGCGCGGUGAGGUGCAGUAGGUCGCGAUGACGACCGACAUCUCGGUGUCCCGUUGGGACCCGUCCAUCGGCCACGGCCAGGAGAUCAUCGACGAAAUCGAGUACGAUGGCGGCAACUCAUCGUCAAGGCUCUUCGAACGAUCGCGCAUCAAAGCGCUUGCAGACGAACGAGAAAGUGUCCAAAAGAAGACAUUUCAAAAAUGGGUGAAUUCCCACCUGGUGCGUGUCGGGUGCCGCAUCAAUGAUCUCAACGUGGACAUGAGAGACGGCAAGAUGCUCAUCAAGCUGCUGGAGGUUCUCUCUGGAGAAAGAUUGCCUCGACCAACGAAAGGCAAAAUGCGUAUACAUUGCCUCGAAAACGUGGACAAAGCGUUACAAUUUUUGCGAGAACAGCGAGUGCACCUCGAGAAUAUGGGCUCGCACGAUAUCGUCGACGGCAACGCGAGGCUCAACCUUGGUCUUAUCUGGACCAUCAUCCUGCGUUUCCAGAUUCAAGACAUAACAAUAGAAGAAACAGACAAUAAAGAGACAAAGUCCGCUAAGGACGCACUGCUAUUAUGGUGUCAAAUGAAAACGGCCGGUUACAACAACGUGAACGUACGAAACUUUACCACAUCUUGGCGGGACGGGUUGGCGUUCAACGCCAUCAUACACAAGCACAGACCGGACCUCAUACAGUUCGAGAAGUUACACAGAAGCAACCACAUACACAAUCUUAACAAUGCUUUCAAUGUGGCCGAGGAGAAACUCGGACUCACAAAGCUUUUGGAUGCUGAAGAUAUUGCAGUCGAACAUCCAGAUGAGAGGUCAAUCAUUACAUAUGUGGUAACAUACUACCACUACUUCAGCAAGAUGAAGCAAGAAACCGUCCAGGGCAAGAGGAUUGGAAAGGUGGUCGGCAUUGCUAUGGAGAAUGACAAAAUGAUGCAGGAGUACGAGUCACUCACCAGUGACCUCCUGCAAUGGAUCGAGCGAACAAUCGAAGCGCUGGGUGAUAGAACAUUCGCGAACUCGCUAGAGGGUGUGCGCCAGCAGCUCAUACAGUUUGCUAACUACCGCACCGUUGAGAAACCACCCAAGUUCGUCGAGAAGGGUAACCUCGAAGUGUUGCUGUUCACGCUGCAGUCGCGCAUGCGCGCCGCCAACCAGAAGCCGUACACGCCGCGCGAGGGCCGCAUGAUCCACGACAUCAACCGCGCCUGGGAGCGCCUGGAGAAGGCCGAGCACGAGCGCGAGCUGGCGCUGCGCGAGGAGCUCAUCCGCCAGGAGAAGCUGGAGCAGCUGGCCGCCAGAUUCAACCGUAAAGCACAGAUGCGUGAGACAUGGCUAUCUGAAAACCAACGGCUCGUCAGUCAAGACAACUUUGGCUUUGAUCUCGCUGCAGUUGAAGCGGCUGCUAAGAAACACGAGGCUAUCGAGACUGACAUCUUUGCUUAUGAAGAGCGCGUGCAAGCAGUCGUGGCUGUCUGCUCGGAGCUACAAGCUGAGAGGUACCACGACAUGGAGCGUGUAUGCGCUCGCCGCGACAACGUGCUCCGCCUGUGGGCCUAUCUAUUGGAGCUGUUGAGAGCUCGUCGCGCUCGACUUGAACUUUCGUUGCAGCUGCAGCAAAACUUCCAGGAAAUGUUAUAUAUUUUGGACUCGAUGGAAGAAAUCAAGAUGCGUCUUCUCACAGACGACUACGGCAAACACCUUAUGGGUGUCGAGGACCUACUACAAAAACAUGCGCUGGUCGAAGCCGAUAUUAACGUCCUUGGAGAACGUGUUAAGGUGGUGGUGGGCCAGUCGCAGCGCUUCCUGGAGCAGGAGGAGGGCGGCUACCGGCCGUGCGACCCCGCCAUCACCGUGGAGCGCAUCCAGCAGCUGGAGAACGCUUACGCCGAGCUCGUGCACCUCGCCGUCGAGCGCAGAAAGCGUCUCGAAGAUAGCCGCAAGCUGUGGCAGUUCUACUGGGAUAUGGCUGACGAAGAAAACUGGAUUAAAGAAAAGGAACAGAUCGUAUCUGUCGACGACAUUGGCCACGAUCUCACUACCGUGUACCUGCUGAUCUCGAAGCACAAGGCGCUGCAGGCGGACGUGCAGGCGCACGAGCCGCAGCUCAUGGGCGUGGCGGCCGUGGGCGACGAGCUCAUCUCGCAGGGACACUUCGGCGCCGACCGCAUCCAGGAGCGUCUACGAGACAUCUUGUCACAGUGGAACCAUCUUUUGGACGUGGUAUCUCUCCGCAAGAACCGAUUAGACGCGGCCGUGCGCUAUCAUCAGCUGUUCGCGGACGCCGACGACAUCGACAACUGGAUGUUGGAUACGCUCAGACUGGUUUCUUCCGAGGAUACGGGAGUCGAUGAAGCACAAGUACAAAGCUUGUUGAAAAAACACAAGGAUGUAACGGAUGAACUCAAGCACUACGCUAACGUCAUUCAGCAGCUUAAACAACAGGCCGGCGAGCUGAGCCCCGAGGACGCGUGCAGCGGCGAGGUGCGCGAGCGGCUGGCGGCCAUCGACGCGCGCCUCGGCGAGCUGGCGGAGCUGGCGCGCCUGCGCAAGCAGCGCCUGCUGGACGCGCUGUCGCUGUGCAAGCUGCUGGCCGAGGCGGGCGCGGCCGACCAGUGGAUCGCGGAGAAGGACCGCAUGCUCGACACCAUGCUGCCGCCCAAGGACAUCGACGACGUCGAGAUCAUGAAGCACCGUUAUGACGGUUUCGACAAGGAGAUGAACGCGAACGCGUCGCGCGUGGCCGUCGUGAACCAACUGGCGCGGCAACUCAUCCACGUAGAGCACCCGCAGGCGCCCGCCAUACAGGAGCGUCAGGCCAGGCUCAACCAGGCCUGGAGCUCGCUCAGGGAGAAGGCGGAAGCAAAGAAAGACGAUUUGAAGUCAGCACAAGGCGUACAGACGUUCUAUAUCGAGUGCCGUGAAACCGUGUCCUGGAUCGAAGACAAGAAGCGCAUCUUGCAACAGACAGACAAUCUGGAAAUGGACCUCAAUGGUGUUAUGACGUUACAACGUCGCCUGUCUGGCAUGGAGCGCGACCUGGCCGCUAUACAAGCGCGUAUUACGUCCCUCGAGAACGAAGCCAGUGCUAUCGAAGACGAACACCCAGACGAGGCCCGCCUCAUUCGAGAACGUGUCCACACUAUUACGGACAACUGGGAUCAACUCACGCAAAUGCUCAAGGAACGCGAUGCGAAAUUGGAAGAGGCUGGUGACUUGCACCGUUUCUUACGUUCUGUUGACCACUUCCAAGCUUGGCUUACAAAGACACAAACGGAUGUCGCUUCAGAAGAUAUACCAGCAAGUCUACCAGAAGCAGAGAAGUUGUUGUCUCAACACCAGACUAUCAAGGAAGAGAUCGAUAAUUACAAGGAUGAAUAUGCUAAGAUGAUGGAAUAUGGAGAGAAGAUUACUGCUGAACCGUCGACGCAAGACGACCCGCAGUACAUGUUCCUGCGCGAGCGGCUGAAGGCGCUGCGCGAGGGCUGGGCCGAGCUGCAGCAGAUGUGGGAGAACCGCCAGCAGCUGCUGACGCAGAGCCUCGAGCUGCAGCUGCUGCAGCGCGACGCGCGCCAGGCCGAGGUGCUGCUGGCGCACCAGGAGCACAGACUAGCUAAGGCCGAACCACCUGCAAACUUGGAACAGGCCGAGAAUGCAAUUAAAGAGCAUGAAGCUUUCCUUACAACUAUGGAAGCUAAUGACGAUAAAAUUAACUCAGUCGUUCAAUUCGCCAACCGUCUGGUUGAGGAGAGACACUUCGAUGCUGACAAAAUACAACGCAAAGCUGAGAGUAUUCGUGCGAGACGGGAUUCCAACCGUGAGAAGGCACUCCAACAGAUGGAAAAACUACAAGACCAACUACAGCUUCAUCAAUUCCUUCAGGAUUGCGACGAGUUAGGAGAAUGGGUACAAGAGAAGAAUGUAACCGCUCAAGAUGAUACCUACCGCUCGGCGAAGACUAUCCACUCAAAAUGGACUCGCCAUCAAGCUUUCGAAGCAGAGAUCGCGGCUAAUAAGGAACGUCUCUUUGCUGUUCAGAAUGCGGCUGAGGAACUCAUGAAGCAAAAACCAGAAUUCGUUGAAAUCAUCUCGCCCAAGAUGAUGGAACUCCAAGAUCAAUUCGAGAACCUUCAAACUACCACUAAGGAUAAGGGCGAACGCCUCUUCGACGCGAAUCGUGAAGUGCUUCUUCACCAGACGUGUGACGACAUCGACUCGUGGAUGAACGAGCUCGAGAAGCAAAUCGAAAAUACAGACACCGGCACUGAUCUGGCAUCUGUCAAUAUUCUAAUGCAGAAGCAACAGAUGAUCGAGACUCAGAUGGCCGUGAAGGCUAAGCAGGUUACCGAACUCGAAACUCAAGCGGAAUACCUGCAAAAGACCGUUCCGGAUAAAAUGGAAGAGAUUAAGGAGAAGAAAAAGUCUGUGGAGCAACGUUUCGAGCAGCUCAAGGCGCCACUAUUGGAGCGCCAGAAUCAACUUGCGAAGAAGAAAGAAGCGUUCCAAUUCCGUCGCGACGUCGAGGAUGAGAAGUUAUGGAUACACGAAAAGAUGCCUCUGGCCCUAAGUACCGACUAUGGAAACUCAUUGUUCAACGUUCAGAUGCUACAGAAGAAGAAUCAAUCUUUGAAGACGGAGACAGAUAACCACGAGCCGAGAAUUUUGACAGUAAUUUCCAACGGGCAGAAGUUGAUUGACGAGGGACACGAAGCUGCGCCCGAAUUCAAAACUCUUAUUGAAGAACUCACUGCGAGGUGGCGAGAACUUAAAGAUGCCAUCGAUCAACGUAAGGACAACUUGGCCCAAUGGGAGAAGGCUCAGCAAUAUCUAUUCGACGCGAACGAAGCCGAAGCGUGGAUGAGUGAACAGGAACUUUACAUGAUGGUAGAGGACCGUGGCAAGGACGAGAUUUCAGCUCAGAACCUGAUGAAGAAGCACGAGAUAUUGGAACAGGCAGUAGAUGAUUACGCGCAGACCAUCAGACAAUUGGGAGAAACUGUUCGUCAGCUGACCAGCGAAGAACAUCCUUUGAGCGAACAGAUUUCGGUGAAGCAAUCGCAAGUAGACAAGCUAUACGCUGGUCUCAAGGACCUGGCAGGUGAAAGGCGUGCCAAGCUGGACGAGGCUCUGCGACUCUUCCAGCUGUCGCGCGAGGUCGAUGACCUCGAGCAGUGGAUCACGGAAAGGGAGCUGGUCGCCAGCUCGCAGGAGCUAGGGCAGGAUUACGACCAUGUUACGCUUCUAUGGGAGAGAUUCAAGGAGUUCGCCCGCGAGACGCAGUCGGUGGGGUCGGAGCGCGUGGCCACGGCUGAGCGUAUCGCCGACCAGAUGAUCGCCAUGGGACACUCCGACAACGCCACCAUCGCGCAGUGGAAGGAGGGCCUGCGCGAGACUUGGCAAGACCUGCUGGAGCUUAUCGACACCAGGACACAGAUGCUGGCCGCGUCCCGCGAGCUGCACAAGUACUUCCACGACUGCAAGGACACGCUGCAACGCGUGAACGAAAAGGCCCGCGGAGUUAGCGACGAGCUGGGCCGCGACGCGAUCAGCGUCGGCGCGCUGCAGCGCAAGCACCACAACUUCAUGCAGGACCUCAGCACGCUGCAGCAGCAGGUGGAGGCCACGCGCGGCGAGUGCGCGCGGCUGGGCGCGUCGUACGCGGGCGACAAGGCGGCGGAGAUCACGCGGCGCGAGGCGGAGGUGGCGGAGGCGUGGCGCGCGCUGCAGGCCGCGUGCGCCGCGCGCCGCGCCAAGCUGGAGGACGCCGACCAGCUGUACCGCUUCCUGAGCCAGGUGCGCGACCUCACGCUGUGGAUGGACGACGUCGUGCGCUCCAUGAACACCGGCGAGAAGCCGCGUGACGUGAGCGGCGUCGAGCUGCUGAUGAACAACCACCAGUCUCUGAAGGCGGAGAUCGAGACGCGCGAGGAUAAGUUCACGGCGUGUAUCGAUCUCGGUCGGGAGUUGCUCGCGAGGCAGCACUACGCGUCGCCCGACAUCCGAGACAAGUUGCUCGCUCUCACCAAUCAGAGAAACGCGCUGCUGCGCCGCUGGGAGGAGCGCUGGGAAAAUUUGCAGCUCAUCCUGGAGGUGUACCAGUUCGCGCGCGACGCGGCCGUCGCGGAGGCGUGGCUGAUCGCGCAGGAGCCGUACCUCAUGUCGCAGGAGCUCGGCCACACCAUCGACGAAGUGGAGAGCCUGAUCAAGAAGCACGAGGCCUUCGAGAAGAGCGCCGCCGCGCAAGAGGACCGCUUCAGCGCUCUACAGCGCCUCACUACGCUUGAACUGAAUGCAGCAACACUAUGGCCUCCCGCACAACCUUGGGAUAAAUGUGACGAAUCAUCCUUUGUUUUCCAAUAUCCGCCUCCCACACCUUUGAAACCAUCACUAAAAAUAGCUUCUAAAAUUACUCGGCCAGUCGGAGAAGUUGUACAAGAAAUAAUAAAUUCAAACGAUAAGUUGCAAUUACCCGAAAAGUUUAAAAAGAGAAGCCUAGACAUAGAUUACUGCCAGACACCGGUCACAAAGAACGAUUCGUACCUCUGGUCGGUCGUUACAAAUAAUAGUUUGUCAACAAUUUCCGAAACGAGCAGUCCGCCUAUGACUCCUCUAAAAUCGCCCCUAUCUCCUGAAAUAUACAGCUCAAUUUUCUUCGAAUACAAUCAAGAUAAUGAUAUGUCGAACGAUAAAUUAGCCACAAUAGACUUCAUGUUGUGGGAAAGGUUGUCCUAUCAGAAUGUUUACCCAAACGUAUCCUUACUAAGACCUACGAGGAGUCAAAGCGAAUCGUCCUCUAAAUCGGGCAGUAUAAAAGGCUUAAUGAAAAGAUUAUCUUGGAGAAAGAAAUCUGACAGCGAUAAUAAUCAUAAAGCUGAAGUGGCCGUCUUAUCCCUGCCCGGCUUGACGAGCAGCACGAAGGCUGUUAACGAUUUAGGCAAGGAAGUUAAGACCGUUCCUCUAUCCUCUUCCCUGUUAUUACUGUCCCAAACGCGCAGUUUAUUGUAUCCGGAGGGUGCUUGGUACUAUAACUACUUGGAUAGUGUAAGUGUGGAGUUGAUAUACCGCAUGAUGCUUUGUGUGUGCAUUUUUGAUAUUAUCGCAUGAUUAUUUCAUAAGAAUUUUACUACUGAAAAUGCUACAAAUAAAACUUCCCAACUGAGACGUAAUUUCGUCUAAGUUAAAAAAAAAAUGCUUAUCAGAUGGAAUAGCUACACGAUAAAUAUGAAUUUUCUAUCAAUUGCCUAAUUUUUAUCAA